GAAACCGCGGGAACACCACCUAUUGCCUCGACCAUGUCGGACACGACGCUGAGCAACGUGUUCUGGGGCCACAGCGCCGGCGUGCUGGUGCUGUCCGCCUCUGGCCUGCUGUGGCGCAGCCGCACGACCGAGAGCCAGAAGAAGCUGCUGAAGGACGACAUCGUGACGCUGCUGUGGACGCCCGUGGGGCCCAAGACGCACCACCUCAAGGUCUACCAGAAGGGCGGCAAGUACGUGCGCUUCACGGGGCUCAAGGCGCAGGACGUGCAGCAGCUCAAGAGCCACGUGGAGAGCCACUUCGACCGCGAGCUGGAGCAGGAGAAGGUGGCGGCGGGCGGCGGCAACUGGGGCGACAUGAAGUUCGAGGGCCCCAACCUCAACUUCCGCACGUCCAACGCCAGCGUCAUGGAGCUGCCGCUCGAGCAGAUCUCGCAGUGCGCACUGCCCGGUAAGAACGAGGUGGAGCUGCAGUUCCACGAGGACGACACGGUGGCCGGCGACGAGGAGACGCUCGUGGAGAUGCGGCUGUACCUGCCGCCCGGCGACGGGGAGGACGAGGUGGUGACGGCCGAGGAGUUCCGCCAGCAGGUGCUGGAGAAGGCCAACAUCCGCAGCGUCAUGGGGAAGAGCAUCGUGGACCUGGACGAGUCCAUCGGCACCUUCCUCACCCCGCGCGGUCGCUACGGCGUCGAGAUCUACGGCUCGUUCCUGCGCAUGCACGGCAAGACGUUCGACUACAAGAUCAUGUACUCGAAUAUCAACCGCUGCUUCCUGCUGGAGCUGCCCAACGGCCUCAACACGGCCUUUGUCAUCAGUCUCGAGGAGCCCAUCCGCCAGGGCAAGCAGGGCUACCCGCACCUGGUGCUGCAACUCAGCAAGAACGACGUGCACAUCGACGUCAACAUGUCGGCCGAGGAGAUCAAGAAGUACAACGGCAACAUCCACGAGCGCAUGUCUGGCGCGCUGCCCCAGAUCGUGGCCACGCUGUUCAAGUUCAUCAUCGGCAAGAAGGUCUACACGUCAGGCAAGUUCAAGACGCACAGCGGCGACCGCGCCGUCAAGUGCGCCGUCAAGGCCCAGAGCGGCGUGCUGUUCCCGCUGGAGAAGUCGUUCAUGUUCAUCCACAAGCCCACGACCUUCAUCCGCUACGAGGAGAUCGACUACAUCGAGUUCCAGCGCUACGCCGGCCAGAGCGGCUCCUCAGCGAGUCGCAACUUCGACCUGCUGGUGAGCUGCAAGUCCGUGGGCGGCGAGGCGGCGCGCGAGUACAUUUUCUCGGCCAUCGACCGGCGCGAGUUCCCGGAGCUGAGCCAGUUCCUGACUUCCAAGAAGCUGCGCAUCCGCAACCUCAAGGAGUCGCACGGCGCCGGCGCCCCCGCCGGCUCCAAGAAGCGCGACUUCAACGAGUAUUUAGAGGAGUUGGGACCGGAGGAGGGCGAGAUCGAAGACGACGAGGACGAGGAGGACUCGGACUUCGGCCCCGGCGAGUCCGGCAGCGAGUCGAGCGACUACAGCGACGAGGAGCUCAGCGGCAAGGACUCGGACGAGGAGGACGCCGAGGAGGGCGAGUCCUCGUCCAAGAAGGACAAGAAGGACAAGAAGAAGAAGAAGAAGAAGAAGUCGCACAAGAAGCACAAGCCCAAUGAUGAAGAGUAA